UUUAUUUUUCAACUUUUUUACUUCGGUAACGGCCCUGCCUCCACUCUGUUCUACCGCCGACGACGUUCGUGAUCGCCGAAAUGACUGAGGCAGAAUCCAAGACUGUUGUUCCUGAGUCAGUGUUGAAGAAGAGAAAGAGGGAGGAAGAAUGGGCACUCGCCAAGAAACAAGAGCUUGAGGCUGCCAAAAAGCAGAAUGCUGACAAGAGGAAACUCAUUUUUAACCGGGCCAAGCAGUACUCCAAGGAGUACCAGGAGAAGGAAAUGGAGUUAAUCCAGCUGAAGCGUGAGGCAAAGUUGAAAGGAGGCUUCUAUGUUGACCCGGAAGCAAAAUUGCUUUUCAUUAUCCGUAUCCGGGGUAUCAAUGCCAUUGACCCAAAGACAAAGAAGAUUUUGCAGCUUUUGCGUCUAAGACAGAUUUUCAAUGGUGUAUUCUUGAAGGUCAACAAGGCAACCAUUAACAUGCUUCGCCGUGUUGAACCCUAUGUGACCUAUGGAUACCCGAACUUAAAAAGUGUGAAGGAAUUGGUUUACAAACGAGGUUUUGGAAAGCUUAACCACCAGAGGAUUGCCUUGACAGACAACUCCAUUGUAGACCAGGGGCUAGGGAAGCAUGGCAUAAUCUGUGUGGAAGAUCUGAUCCAUGAGAUCAUGACGGUUGGGCCACAUUUCAAGGAAGCCAACAACUUUUUGUGGCCAUUCCAGUUGAAGGCGCCAUUGGGAGGGAUGAAGAAGAAGAGGAACCAUUACGUGGUAGGUGGAGACGCCGGAAACCGCGAGAACUUCAUCAAUGAGCUCGUUAGGAGAAUGAACUGAACCGUAAGAGUUUUUGCUCUAAAACUCUAAAACUCCCUAGGAAACGUUAACGUAAGACAUCUUUAGCUUUUCGGUUGCUUGUGACAAACCAGCAAAGUAAUUCACCACCAUGAAUACUUAUCUUGUAUUGAUUGGUGGAACAUUAUCUCUGUUCGGAUGGAAAGUUAAAAACUGA